CAAACUAUCAUGGCGGAGCGAGGAACAUUAAAUUUCGCAAAUAAGCUUUAGAUUGCUACGAAAUGUCAAGCAGACGACCUAAAAGGCCUUCUUCGGCUCGAAGAAACAUAAAGCAGGAAACAUUUUCAUCAUUUGUCAGUUCAAGUCGGCUUCGGCAUGUACAGAGCAUAUUAAAAGGUGGAUCAAGAGCACAUGCAUCCAGUCCAGAUGCCAUCUUGUGUGUAACAGGCAUUGACAGUCGCUAUAAUGAUGGUUGUACAGAACUAGUGAACCAUCUUCUGUUUGGGUUCUUUGAAAACCGCAGGAAGGAAUUAGAAAGCUCUGGGUUUGCGGAAGAAACAAUUGAUGAUCUUCUUAUUCUGGUGAAACAUGACAGUGUUCACAUUUAUUGCAACCCAGUGAACUACCUGUACUUCCUGCCAUACAUUGCACACUGGAGAAACCUGAAAUUGCACUGCCUUCACCCUGAAAAGUAUGAUGAAGACGAAGAGGAAGCUGAAGAAUUCAAGAUCCACAGCUUUAUUGCUAUGGUUAAAGAUUGCAAGACAAUUGGGAUUCCUUACAGUACCUGGGCACAUCCUCUGCCAUUUGACAAAUUUUCAAUAGAAAAGUGGCCAGUAAUACAAGCUUAUGCGCUGGAAGGGUUUGGAGGUGGUGGUUUCUUCACAAUGAAGCAUGAAGUAGUUGAUGUAAGCAAGGAGGUUGCAGAGCUCUACAGCAUCAUGGAUCCUGUGUCUGUUGAGAUGUUGGCCACUGAGCAUCUUCCAUUAUUUGAGCGCCAGUGGAAGACUAUGUUGACGACUGUGGAUGUGGAGGGGAAAUCAGGUAUUGCAGAGCUCACUGAGAGAAAAGUUUGUGAGCCUCUGAGAAGUUACUUCAGUCAUGGCCUUGUUGGAGCAAUUAAGACGGACAGUUUUGCCAGAUAUCCUUUUGUCCUGUUUGGCAAAAAUACAAACAAGAAGAGUUUAGAAGCAGUCAGGAAAGGAGCAGUUCAGAGCAGUGAUACAAUUCCAAGCUCAGAGGCUUCGCACAUGGUCUGCCAGGCUGUGUCACCUAAAGGUCCACUGAGCUGUGUGAGGACCUACUUCUUCCAGGCCAGCCACAAACCUUAUCCAGUGAAGAAACGCUGUGAUACCUCAGACACAGCAGUCAGUGCCACAUUUAUAUCACAAAGGGGCAAUUUCGAGUUCUCAAUUGAAGCAUAUGAUCACCAUGGAAGACCAGUGGUUUUAAAAGAGGGAGAAUCCUCCCCCCUGAUUAAGCUUGCUACAGUUUACAUAUACAACAUCCCUAGCAUAGAACACAAUGGGCAGACUCUGGGAUCUGUGGGAUUUGCUGAAGCUUUCUUGGAGUCAACUAUCCCAGUUGUAAAUAAAGCUGGUUCAUCCUUGGAUAGUCAGGUCCUUUUCCUAACUAGUCAUAUUCCUAGACAACACACAUGGCAGUACACUGGUCAGCUGACCCCAGAUAUAAUCAGUAUGAUAGGAGGAGGCGACAAUGGCAGCCUUGGCCGUACACUGGUUCCUGGAGACAUGGCACAGGUGUUUGCAAACAAUGGGGUUUCCAGUCCUGAGGAAGGACAUUUACACAUCUUUGAACAAGGAAUAGUUUUCAUACAUAAUCAGCUGGGUGCAGUUGUGCUUCCCAAAGACAAAGUCAUCAGCCUGGAGUUCUUUGAUGGGGACUCUCCCAGUGUUGUAGCUCUGCUGAUAGUCAUGUACAAACCCAGUCUCAGCCCAUUCUUACCAGCUCAUCUACAGGGCAAAAACCAGCAGCUAGUGUUUGUACUCACUCCCAAAACCAAAGCCUACAAAGCUUUUUUUGCAGAGGUGUUACCAUUGUGGAGACAGGAAGACCAGGUGCCUCCUAUGAAGCUGCUGGCAGGAGAUGCACAGCUUCCAGAAGAUCUGGCACAAAUGCAUAACCAUCUCCAGCUGAAGUAUACAGUUGAGAGUUCUCAUGGUACUGUGACUCCAUUAAAACAUGCCAUGGCUAGCUUGCAGGAUUUAGACAGAUUCCUGGAUCAUUUGAAAGUGAGCAGUGUUGGCAGAGUUCCAGUGGCUUCCAAAGAUCUCAGUAUUUUGCUCAAUCAGCCUUAUGAUGCAGGCGGUUUUGAUGAUGAUGACCAAUUGACUGUGACAAUCAUAACAGGCAUUCCAGGCAGCUAUAAAAGAAACCUAUGCACUACUCUGGUGAACAUGGCCAAAGAUGGUCAAAAGUGGUUUGUUUUGCGUAGACCUGUAGACAACAUAGACACUUUUGAUCCCAAAGGGCUACAGGUGUCAUUGUCACAACUCAUCAAAGCAUCCAAGAGAAAGAAGCAGAGCAAAAAAUUACAUAUACUACUUGUGACGCCAGGGUUCACUGAUAUUGUGGAUGUAAUAACAGCCAUUGGUUCCUCUGAAGAUCCUGACAUUCAGAGACAUCUGAAGAUAGGUGCAGUAACAGCAUGUGUGGACCCAAUGAACAUGUAUAUGGAAGACAGAUACACAUUCCCCAAACUGUUGGACCAGUGUGCUGAGGGCUGGGUUAAUAAUGUUCUCUUUACCAGUAAUCUGGACCUCAAGAAUCCCUUCCUGGAGGAAGCCCAGAAGCUGAUUAGAGCAGCUAAUCCAGAGGUUGGCUUCAUUCUUGCUGACAAGGGAGAGGUCACCAGGAGCACUGACCUUGACCUGAUUUUGUCCGAGACUGCCUUUAUGGAAAAUGCAGCAAAAAGAGCCAGACAUCUCUCUUGUCCAGGCUGGUCCUGUGGUCAGUUCAGUUCAGGCGCUGUAGUUCCUCCACUGACAGAUCUGAGACUGCGCUUUACCCAGCCUCUGGAGAGACCAAAGUUUUUAGGGAGGCUGAAAGAACUCAAAAAGCAUUUCAAUAAGACUUCAAAAGCAGGCAAUGUGUAUUUUGUGAGAGGACUUCUACGUUUCUCAGAUUCUGCCACACUCCUGGAUGUAGAAUACGUGACACUGAGUGGAGUUCUGGUCAUCAACAAUGCAGAGAUGCAGACACCACCACCCUCAGCCAAUGGUCCAGCUGGUAGUGAGAAUGGACAUGAGUACUGUCUGGUCUUUACUGGUCUGGACCUGGAGGAAGAGAAACUGAAGGACUGGAUGAGAACUUGUGCCAAACAGAAACCAGCCAAGAAGUCCCAUGUCUCACAGGCUACUUUGACCAAAAAUGAAGUGGCAAAAAUCCAUAAGGAGCAUCAUCUUGAGGCCCUGCCUCCAGGCUGGUUCUACAAUGGUUCCCACUUUGUAAGUCUGGCUGGAGACAAGUCAGAUACUCAUCCCAACAUGGAUGAAUUCAUUGCAAAUUAUAUUAAACAGACCAAUGAAGAGAUUGACAAGUACAAUGCUAAAAUUGAUGCCAUGAAUAUCAAAGAUUUAUUUCCCUGAGAAGAGAAAAGGAGGUAUUGAAACAAGCAAGGGGGAAAAUAAUGAAGAUUGUCAAAGAUUUGACUGAAACUGGUUUCUUUACAAAGUAACUGAUGAUGCCAGGGAUGAAUUAUUUUGCAUACAACACUCUGUUUCUUUAAUUGUUGGUGUAAUGUUGAAAGUGUUCCAUGUUUUUAGGGAAAAGAGACUCCUGUGUUUUUUGA